AUGGGUGGGCUGGAACAGAGGCAGCUUAAAAAAGAACCACGGAGGCCACAGCGCUCCACUACAAGGGGAAAAAGGGCGGAGGCGCCACAAAACUUGGAAAAGAAGCUAAAAAAGCAAGAAGAUGUCAGGCGUCUGCGUGAACUGUCGAAGAAGCUGCGCGACGAUCUCAACAACGAGGAGAAGCGGGUCCGAGAGGCCCGCAAGGCAAAUAUGGAGCGAAGGAAAGAAAAUGAGAAGAAAAACAUGGUGGUGCAGAAGAUUAAAAACGAUAAGGCUAUUCGGAAACUGAGCCCGAAGCAUCGCAAGAAGGCCAGAAUAUUUAUGCUGCAUGAACUCUGA